GCUUUGAAAACAGCCAGCAUAUAAAAGAAUAUUCAAUCGGAUCAACAGCAUUGGUAUUUUCUUCAGCCAACAAGCCGGCUGCAAAGUAGAAGUAUUUUCAUUCGCGCUAAAAAGCCAACGACCGGAAUAAUGUCCACCAAGUCUUUUUUAUUUGUCUUUUUGACGUUCGUGGCGUUCGGAAGUGGAAUAAUGGGCGACGAAAUUUUAGCGAAAAACAUGAAUUUUAAACUAGCAAGUGGUGAUCUGAUGCCGUUAGUGGGUUUUGGAACAUAUCAAAUUAGGGGCACAGAACUGAUUCGUGAUGUACUGGAUUAUGCUCUAGCUGCAGGAUAUCGUCUGAUAGACACAGCCAAAGUUUACAGAAAUGAGGAGGAUAUUGGCAAAGCCCUAAAAGAGUUACUGCCAAAGUACAAUUUGACUAGGCAAGAUAUCUGGAUUACUACGAAAUUGUCUCCUGAUGAUCAAGGAGAAAUAGCAUAUGAUUCCCUGAAGGAAUCGAUUAAGAAGCUCGAUUGCGAUUAUGUUGAUUUAUACUUAAUUCAUUGGCCAGGUAGCAAAAUGGAAUCUGCAAAUCCCAAUAACUCUAGAUUGAGAGAUGAAAGCUGGAAACAAAUGACGAAAGGGGUAAAAGAUGGUCUAGCUAGAAACAUCGGCGUCUCAAACUAUCUGGUUAGACAUUUAAAAGAGCUGCUUGCGAAUGAUCACGGUGUUAAGCCUGCUGUUAAUCAGGUCGAAUGGCAUCCACAUUACCAUCCACAAAGUCUUCUGGAUUUCUGUCGUCAAGAAAACAUUUUGCUGCAAGCAUAUUCAUCGUUAGGUGGAACGGGAAAUCUUAAUUUAAUUAAAGAUCCCAAAGUAAAGGUAAUAGCGGAGAAACUGAAACGAACACCGGCACAGGUUCUGCUAAAGUGGGCUCUUCAACAAAACAUAGCCAUCAUUCCAAAAGCCAGGUCCGAGAGCCAUGUAAUCGAAAAUAUAGAUUUGAAUUUUACAAUUCCCGCUGAAGAUAUGGACAUUCUGAGCUCGUUUAGCCCUGAGAAAUACGCUUGGGAUCCAUCAAACAUUGCCUAACUAUGUUCAAAUUAGGCUGCCGUUAAAAGUGUUGUGUUGUUUCAGUUUAUAGAUGUAGGUAUUUAUGCAAAACUAAGUCGUAUUAAACGAUUUCCGAACAAAAUAUCUGAAAUGUUCAAAAACUUUAGUCAAGUAUUAUUUAUAGUAUUAUUAUGGUUUCUACUUUUUAAAUAUAUUUUUAUACAGGCACAUAAAUGCUUAA